CCUGUGGCCCCGGUCUCCUAUCUGCGGCCCAGGGACCAGGCCGUGAGCGGCGAUACAAGCGGCAGGGAACCGACAAAGGGUGUUGCCAUGGUGAUGGCGGUGGAGGACAGCAUGGUGCGGGUUGUGGUGAGGGUGCGGCCCCCCACCCCUCGCGAGUUGGAGAGCCAGCGGAGGCCUGUGGUUCAGGUGGUGGACCAGCAGGUGCUGGUGUUUGACCCUGAGGAGCCCGAGGGGGGCUUCCUCGGCCUGAAAUGGGGUAGCACCCAUGACGGCCCCAAGAAGAAGGGCAAAGACAUGACGUUUGUCUUUGACCGGGUCUUUGGUGAGGCAGCCACCCAACAGGACGUGUUCCAGCACACCACCCACAGCAUCCUGGACAGUUUCCUCCAGGGCUACAACUGCUCAGUGUUUGCCUAUGGGGCCACUGGGGCUGGAAAGACACACACCAUGCUGGGAAGAGAGGGGGACCCCGGCAUCAUGUACCUGACCACCAUGGAACUGUACAGGCGCCUGGAGGCCUGCCAGGAGGAGAAGCAAUUCGAGGUGCUCAUCAGCUACCAGGAGGUGUAUAAUGAGCAGAUCCAUGACCUCCUGGAGCCCAAGGGGCCCCUUGCCAUCCGCGAGGACCCCGACAAGGGGGUGGUGGUGCCAGGACUUUCCUUCCACCAGCCAACUUCAGCUAGGCAGCUGCUGGAGAUGCUGACCAGGGGGAACCGGAACCGCACGCAGCACCCCACUGACGCCAACGCUACUUCCUCCCGCUCCCAUGCCAUCUUCCAGAUCUUUGUGAAACAGCAGGACCGGGUUCCAGGUCUGACUCAGGCCCUUCGGGUGGCCAAGAUGAGCCUGAUUGACCUGGCUGGCUCAGAGAGGGCAUCCAGCACCCACGCGAAGGGGGAGCGGCUGCGGGAGGGUGCCAACAUCAACCGCUCUCUGCUGGCCCUCAUCAAUGUCCUCAACGCCCUGGCCGAUGCAAAGGGCCGAAAGUCUCAUGUGCCCUACCGGGAUAGCAAGCUGACCCGCCUGCUCAAGGACUCCAUCGGGGGCAACUGUCGCACAGUGAUGAUUGCUGCCAUCAGCCCCUCUGGCCUGACCUACGAGGACACUUACAACACCCUCAAGUAUGCCAACCGGGCCAAGGAGAUCAAGCUCUCGCUGAAAAGCAAUGUGAUCAGCCUGGACUGUCAUAUCAGCCAGUAUGCCACCAUCUGCCAGCAGCUCCAGGCUGAGGUGGCCACUCUGAAGGAGAAGCUCCAAGUGUAUGAGGCGGGAGCCGGGGCCCCACAACAAGACCUUCCACAGCCCCCCAAAUCGGGCCUUCCACAACAUCCCCUUCCAAGCUCCUCCCCAACGUCCCGCCUUCCUAGCCAGCCCUGCACCCCGGAGCUGCACCCAGGGUCUAUAGUCCUUCAAGAAAAGAGCCUGGGGACAGAGGCCCAGGUGGAGAGGGUCGUGGAAGGGAACUCUUCAGACCAGGAGCAGCCCCCUGAGGACAAGGACGAAUGUCCAGCCCAAGAGGUUCCAAUCCAGGUGCCAGAGCAGAGCUUCAGACGCCCACCGCCAGGGUCCCCUGACCUGACCCUGCAGCCCAAGCCAGUCGUGGGCCUCCUCUCACCACAGAAACUGGGAAGGGAUCAUUCUAAGCAGUUGGCGCUAAAGGUGCUGUGCUUGGCCCAGCGGCAGUAUUCUCUGCUCCAAGCAGCCAACCUGCUGACCCCCGACAUGAUUGCCGAGUUUGAGACCCUGCAGCAGUUGGUGCAAGAGGAAAAAACUGGGCCUGGAACUGAGACCUCAGGGACUCCUGGUCCGGCCAAGGGGGCACCUCUGGCUCAGGAGCUGUGUUCAAAGUCAAAAGCUCCAGGAUACUCUGGCCCUGUGACCCGGACCAUGGCAAAGCAACUGAGUGGCUUCAUGCACAUUCUCGGGGUCCCACCUGGGCCUGACUGCACCCCAGCCCCGACAUCUCCACAGCCCAUGGAGAAGAGGAGAAGGAAGAGACCGAGCCCCUCAGAGCAAGAUGGUCCCCCAGCUCCAAAGCUGGGGACCAAGCGCCAGCGCCAGUCCUUCCUGCCCUGCCUGAGGAGGGGGUCGCUGCCUGAGGCUCAGCAUUCACUGGGACCCAGCACCCCCAAAGGGGGAAGGGUCUCUUCCCCCUGCCACUCUCCUCGCUUCUGCCCAGCCACAGUCAUCAAAAGCCGGGUGCCUCUGGGCCCAUCUGCUGUGCAGAACUGCUCCACCCCUCUGGGCCUGCCUGCAAGGGACCUCAACACCACGUUUGAUCUCUCCGAGGAGCUCCCCACAAAGCUGGGUUUCCAUGAAGAUGCUGGCUGGGAGAAUGCCCCCCAGGAACUGAAAAGGCUGCAUCAGCCCUUCAUCCCCAGUAGACCUGUGCCCCUGUUCACCAUGAAGGGCCCCAAGCCAGUGUCUUCCUUCCCUGGGACCUCAGCCCGCAAGAAGAGGCGCAUUGUGAGUUCCUCAGUCUCUCGCAGAAGCCGCAUAGCGUGCCUCCCCAGCAGCACCUUGAAGAGGCCAGCUGAGCCCCUCGCAACCCCAGAGCUCCCCUCCAGUCCCCGCUACCCUGGCAACCAGAGGAGCCAGAAGGAACUGAUGAGGGCUGGGGGAGCGCUGUCAUCUGGGAGCUGCAUCGCCAAGGUGUCCUGACCGCCAACCCCUCUUGGCCGACUGUCCCUUCCUGAAUCCUGAAGCCCUGACCUGCCUUCCUCAGCUCGGAGCAAUUAAUGCCAACACCCUCUUCCUUUAUUAACACCCCUCCCCCAGCCAUUCAUUCUGCUACUCGCCCUCUUUAUUAAUCUCUUGUUACACUCAGCUUCUCAGCAUGUAUAGAUUCAUUUGUGAGUGUUAACAUGUUGCUAUUUUAAAGUGUGCUGCCAUCAUUCCCCCCAGAAUAUAACACCCUCCCUGCAGGCAGGUGGCUUUGGGGGGAUUUGUUCUCUGCUCCCGGUCUAACACGGCUCUGCGCAGUGAUGGCAGUGGAGGGGGGAUGAGGAUGGGAUGGAGACGUGAUGAGGAGUCCCAGCUUGACUCUUCCUGGUUUUUGAGAGAGGGGCGUCUUCAGCCCCAUCCUCCCAGCCUGGAACAGGAGCCCCAGACCCAAGCCACAGUCCUGGUGAUGAUGCAGAUGACGGUGGCAACUCAAUUUCCAAAUGAAGAUAGCUUCCUUGUUUUUACCAUGUUGUAAACAGGAUACACACUCAGUGUAAAAAGAAGUGUAAAGAAGAAAGAGAAAUGCAGCCUUAAUGCUACCAGUAUUAUCAGAGGUGUUACUACUUGGGUUUAUACCCUCAGAUCCUUUAUUUCUGCAUAUAUACAUACAUA